AUGGCAACAGUAGAAGAGCAACAGCCACUACUCAGACCGGUCGUUGAAGAUGCUGACGCGGACGGAAAGCAUGAUGAGGUGAUUUUGGACUUUGAGGCGGGAGACCCUGAAAAUCCUAGGGAAUGGGACCCGAAGUUCAAGUGGUUGAUUGUAUUUCUUCUCGCUUUCAUGGCAUUUACUGUAACGUUUACGUGCAUCGGCGUCGUCCCAAUAGCAGCCAACAUAGUUGACGAGCUCGAAGGCAAACACGCGAGCACAUCAACCAGCGCCCUUCUCGUCACCAUCUGGGAACUCGGCGAAGCAGCGGGUCCGCUUCUCAUCGCACCGCUCUCGGAAGUUUUUGGUCGCUAUCCCGUAAUGAACGGAUGUAACAUCGUCUUCAUCAUCGCCACCUUUCUCACUGCUGGCAGCAAGAGCACUAAACUCCUGAUCGCUGCGCGAUGGCUCACCGGCUUUGCUGUCGCCUCCAAUGUGCUCAACCCUAGUAUUAUUGGCGACAUAUUCGAAUCUGACCAGCGCGGCUCAGCUAUGAGUCUGAUCUCGCUCGCACCUCUGAUCGGCGGUGCGAUUGGUCCAGCCAUCGCAGGUGCUAUUGCCCAAACCCUGGGCUGGAGACAAGUGCUACUGAUGGCAGCGGGUCUAGCCGUCGUCGCUGAGAUCCUUUUCUUGACGUGUUUUCGCGAGACAUACAAGAUGGCUAUCUUGCACCAGCGGAUGGCGCGUAUCAAGCGCGAGAGCGGCGAGUUCAAGAAGGAGGUUGCAAAAACGAAGAACAAGCACGAAGACUUGCUGAAAAUUUGGCACGCCCUCACGCGCCCCUUUGCUGUCCUCUUCGGCUCCGGCGUGCUAAUGGCUCUUUCCCUACAAGCCUCCAUAUCCUUCAGUUUCUUCUACGUCAUGUCCAUCAGCCUGCCCUUGAUCCUGCAAGAAGCCUACAACUUCAACCCUGCAGAGACUGGCGCGGCUUUCGUCAUCUUCAGUAUCGGCUCACUCAUGAGCGUCGUGCUCUGCAACUUCUCCCUCGACAGAAUCUACGUCUCGCUUCGCAACCGAAGCUCUACCCCAGACGUGGGCAAACCGGAGUACCGCCUUCCCCUCGCAGUCCUCGGUUCUGUCUUGUUACCCUUCAGCGUUACAGCGUAUGGCUGGAUUGCACAAUACCGACUCCCUGUACCGCUUCUGCUUGCCUCCGUUGCGCUCCUCGAUUUCACACUGCUCACCAACAUCAUCCCACUGCAAGCAUACGUUGUAGAUGCCUGCGGACUUUAUUCGGCGAGUGCGAUGACGGGUGUCAUCGUGACGAGGUGUCUGAUGGGGACGUUUUUGCCGCUGGCGACGGGUCCGUUGGCCGAGUAUCUAGGUUACGGGUGGGGUUUCACGGUACUGGGAGGUGUGGCGGCCAUGGUAGCUCUAAUCCCGGCCGCUAUCUUCAGGUACGGAAGUGAGUGGAGGCAGAGAAGCGAGUACACGAGGGAUGUUUGA